UUGCCCGUCACGUGACGGGGGCGGGGCGUGUCACGUGCCGCCGGGUCCGUUCAGUCGCUCAGGGCUGCGGCUCGCCGGAGCGCCGCCGGCCCCAUCAUGAUCAAAGCCAUCCUCAUCUUCAACAACCACGGCAAGCCGCGGCUCUCCAAGUUCUACCAGCGCUACAGUGAAGAUACACAGCAACAAAUUAUCAGAGAAACCUUCCACUUAGUAUCCAAACGUGAUGAAAAUGUCUGUAAUUUUCUAGAAGGAGGCUUAUUAAUAGGUGGAUCUGAUAACAAACUAAUUUACCGACACUAUGCCACCUUGUAUUUUGUGUUUUGUGUGGAUUCUUCAGAAAGUGAGCUUGGCAUUUUAGACCUGAUACAAGUAUUUGUGGAAACACUAGACAAAUGUUUCGAAAAUGUCUGUGAGCUGGAUUUAAUUUUCCAUGUAGACAAGGUCCAUAAUAUAUUGGCUGAAAUGGUUAUGGGUGGGAUGGUUCUGGAGACCAACAUGAAUGAAAUUGUCACUCAGAUUGAUGCUCAGAAUAAACUGGAAAAAUCUGAGGCUGGUUUAGCAGGAGCUCCAGCCCGGGCUGUUUCAGCUGUAAAGAAUAUGAAUCUGCCAGAGAUCCCAAGAAAUAUUAAUAUUGGUGACAUCAGUAUAAAAGUGCCAAACCUGCCCACUUUUAAAUAACAUGGCUACUCCAGGUAAAACCAAGGGAAAAUGUAAUAGAGGUUUACCACAUACUUGUUUACUAAAUAAAUGAUAUGUCUAACUUUUAGUAUUUGAGUAAAACUAAAGGUACUGUCUAAACGUUAUUUGAAAAAUCAGUGUGUGGGAUUGAACAUUGCUUUUGUCUUGUUUGUGAAAUUAAAGAAAUGGGUAGUUCCUGUGUGAUUUCUGAGUACAUUCCUAUGCCCUUGGCAUAUACUGUUUCGGCUGCUGCAGUAUUUUGGAAAAGUAUAACCUAUAAUGCUGAGUUUUUUGUAUAUUCACUGAGGACUAUAAGUAGUGCAUUCUAUAACCACUUUUGUUGUUUGUCAUGAUUAUUUAAGUGCAAAUAUUGCAUGAAAACGUAAAACUCAUUUAAAUAAAAUCAUAGCAAACUGGACUUCUAAAUAUGUGUUUGUCUAAAAUCUACUCUUUGCAAUAAAUCACUUCCUAUUCACUGA